AUGGCGAAGGUUUCUUACAGAGAGUCAGUCACUGUUAAAUGUCCAAUCUUAGCUAACAUUCUUAAGGACUGGGCUUUGAGCGGAAGAAAAGAAUGUAUACGGAACUGUGGUAGUUUCUUGUUAUCGAGAGUUGCUGGGUCUACAGACGGAACUGUGGAAGUUUCUUAUUAUCGAGAGUUGCUGGGUCUACAGAUGGAACUGUGGAAGUUUCUUGUUAUCGAGAGUUGCUGGGUCUACAGAUGGAACUGUGGACGUUUCUUAUUAUCGAGAGUUGCUGGGUCUACAGACGGAACUGUGGUAGUUUCUUAUUAUCGAGAGUUGAUGGGUCUACAGACGGAACUCUGGGAUAACAACUUUUCGGAAGAACCUGAUAUUGACUAUUUCAAGUGUCUUCACAUUCAUGACCUUGAAGCACCUUUACUAGACACGACACAAGCACAAAUGUUCUCAACAAGGGAAGAGUUAGUUUGUCCACCAGAUCACGUGGUCACUGCCCUCUACGACGACGAGUGGUAUUUCGCCAGCAUGGACUACUUCAAGUGUGUCCACCUGAUGCAACCUUGGAUAGUGGACAACACGACCUGCGAGCAGAUCACGAGCACACCGAGUUUAGAGGAUGGACCAAGUGACGACUUCAACCAAUGGAACUUUGAAUGUCCUAGUCUUGACCAGGGUUACUCGGUAGUAGUUGGUGUGUUUACAAUGGAUAUAGACAUCCGUUUAACGUGCUGUAGUUUGAUUCAAGCAUUAUAAAUGAUGUUUAAUUCAUACACCUACUGGUAUGAAGCACCAUCACACUUGUUACACCUAUUACACCAUCACACCUGUUAUGCACUAAUUGUAUUGUGCGCAAAAUGAGAGCAUUUUUCGUGGAAAACAGGAGUACACUUUAGGAUUUUGCUCGAAAAUGAAGAACACACUUAGGAUUUUGUUUAAAAAUGAAGAACACACUUAGGAUUUUGUUUUAAAAAUGAAGAACACACUUAGGA